AUGCAUUUGCCCAGCGGUGGACCUACAGCAAUAUCGUCGAGUGGCACCGCUAGCAGCAACAUCGUAAACCCAACACCGACGGCCGCCGCCGCUGCUGGUGCGACCGAUUGGGACUCCCUUGUCUACAAGGGCGACGAGGAGAUGCUAGAGCCACCCGCCGGAAGUAAUAACAAUGCGGAAAACAGUUCGCCUAGUCCGGGCGGAUCCGGCGACAUGUGGUGGCUGGAGCGAAUGGUACUGGAGGCGCAGCAGGAGUACCCGGGCGAGUUAGUUCGAACCGGUAGCCCAUACUUUCUGUGCUCAGCAUUGCCAAAUCACUGGCGAUCGAACAAGACGCUUCCGAGUGCCUUCAAAGUGGUCUCGCUCGGUGACGUCUGCGACGGGACAAUGGUGACGAUCCGAGCCGGUAACGACGAAAACUUCUGUUCCGAACUGCGGAACUGCACAGCUGUGAUGAGGAACCAAGUGGCCAAAUUCAACGACCUCCGAUUCGUUGGGCGAAGCGGACGAGGGAAAAGCUUUACGCUGACAAUAACUGUCUCCACGACACCUCCCCAAGUGACAACCUACGGAAAGGCGAUAAAAGUAACCGUGGAUGGACCGCGGGAACCUCGCUCGAAAACAAAUAUGCCUCAACUGCGACCUCCACCUUUGCACCGGUUUCUCGAGCAGCCCGCCUUCAGCCACUUUCCGGCGCGGUUCAGCGCCAGCACCGGCAAGAGUUCCCUCAAUACUUACAGUGCAAGUACAAAUCAUCACCACGGCAGCAACAGUGGCAGUUCCAGCUUGAACACCAGUGUCGAGUCGUCCAGCGAUUACAAGCCGAACAUUACCCUGCCAGACUACAGCAACGCCACGGAUUGGCCUAAUGGACUAAAUGCUUCCUCAUCGUCCGCUUAUGUGAGCAACUAUUCGCCAAUGCAGACAACACCGCCUUCCUACGCCGGGUACGAUCCGUGCCCGAUGGCAGAACACCCAAAUUACAACCUUCCAACAGUUCUUCCAGAUUCAGCACAAACUUACCAGGACUACUACAGCCUUCCUCCAGCCUCCGGGACGACACCCCACCAAGCGAUGGCCCAUGGGUACGUAUCGAAAACGACAGAUCUGGACGGUUCCUACGGACCGUACAGUCAGUGGGCCAACGGCUACGGAAGCUAUCAGUACAACGCGGCCUGUCCACCGCCGCUGCCACCGCCACAAUCACAAUACCCACCGGCAACACCCGCCAUGGUUCUUUGCCCGCAAAUGUUCAGCACCGUCAAUCAGAACCAAAUUCACGUGCAUCUGCACGGCACGGGCAGUGAAAAGUUGGAGCAGUACCUUGGCGGCGGUUCGGAAAAUGGGUUCACAAUCAAUCCUAUUCCUUCCAGUGGCAUUGGAAGCAGGGCAGCGGGCUCCGCUGUUGAAAUCGGCAUCGGCACUCACGACAGCAGCCUGAUGAGUCACGACGGAAAUCAUCAGGCACAGCAGCAGCAGCAGCAGCAGCAUCAGCAGCAACAACAACAACAUUCCGGUGACGUUGUCAGCGAUCCACAGGAAAGUCGAGAGGAAUCCGUUGCCGGUGAUCCGAGCAGUGUUUGGCGGCCCUACUGA